AUGCACGCCCCCGCAGUCCUCACCAUCCUCGGACUCUUGAGUCUUGGAUCCUUCGCGUGUCCGGUCCUCGAGGACCUGGACAAUACGGGAACACAACUCCAAGGGAGCCCCUCGGUUUUCGAAUUGGAAGCCCGAGCCCAGUCAUGCAAACCGCCUUCACAGGCGGACACCGUCGCAUUCGCGGCGGUCUUCGCCGAAAUACAAGGCCACCUGCAACAAUCUCCCCUUCGCAUUAACACCCUCGGAACAGAAAGCUCUUCUUCCAACAAUAGCUCCACCGAAAUCACCAUCAAUGCGGCAGCAGACCGGGAAGUAACUGAAAUCGCAGCGAUCUUAAGCGAGGUGCAGGACCACAUGAAACAAUCCCGCCUCCGGAUCAGCGCCGUCGGAACGAGAGGCUCAAACAACUCUUCGGAAACUACCGACAUCGACAUCACCGUUAAUGUCGUCGAGUCCUUCGGUACUUAG